AUGACCCUCUGGGCUCUUGUGCUCCUGGUCUCGGCAUUCCUGAUUACCCCAGGACUGGCCGUCUCUGGUCUGGACCCCGAGUCUGCGGACCUGGAUCUGGGUCUGAGUGAGGCAGAGCUGCUCCAGGACAAUCUUCUGGCCGAAAGAUGGAAUGUGGGCUUCCGCUGUACGUCCUGUAAGAAGACGAUACAGAAGCUGGAGAACAUGGUGGGGACCGAGGCCAGCAAGGAGUCCAUCAGCCAGGCCGCGUCCCAGGUGUGUGGCAAGAUGGGCUUGCUGAAAGUCCCCUGCAGGAUUCUCAUAAAGACAUUUUUAAAAGUCAUUGUCCAGGACAUCAUGGCUGGCAAGAGUGCCUCCGAAGUCUGUGUGGACAUUAAGAUGUGCAAAUCUGCAGGCCUCAUCUGAGCCCCUGGGGCCCUGGGCCCACCCCCGGGGAGACAGCCAGAAACUCCUCGCUCCUGAGCUCCAGACUCCCACAUUUCCUUUC